UGGGGCCGCCGCACCGUGGCCCCGCUGCAGGGCCACCUCGGCAGGGCCGCGGCCGGUCUGGUCGGCGGCAGCGGCCAUGGUUUGGGCUUUAAAGAGGUAGACAUUUCGGUAGAAAUUUUCCAAAGCUCAAUGUUGUCAUAUUCCAUGACCAGUGGAAUACCCCGCCCCCCGUGAUAUAUGUGCCUGAGUGCGCCACUGAUUGCGGGUCGGUAUAUAAUGUGUGCUGCUGGGAGAACCCGCCCAGACACCGGUACCCCUGCCAGGGCCAGCAGCAGCAGGACAGCACUCUCCAGUCGCAGCCAUGAUGAAAUACGCGGUGCUGGCUGCGCUGAUGACACUGACCGCCGGCCGGCCGGAGCCGGCCGCCGACCUCGACACCCAGCCGUCGCUGGUGCACAAGUCUGUGGACCUCGGCGUCGGACCCUUCCGUUUGUACAGCGGCGUCUACCCGCCCGGCUACGGCUACGGCGCCGGGUACAGGUACGGCGCCGGGUACGGGUACGGGUACCAGUCGCCCGCGUACCAGACCGACUACCAGUACGGGCCGUACCCAUUCCGGUACGGCAUUCACAAGGUGCUGCCCGGCCUCCGCUUCCGUAAGGAGAUCUUCUGAGGGAUCCGGCCUCUGACGUCAUCAGAGCAGCGCCGUCAGACGUCAGCAGAGCGUCCAGCGUCCUGCUGAUACAGAACACAGAGAUGAGAGAGUCCUGUUGAGACAGAGCCACAGAACGCGUACCGCCAGCCGAGCAGCGCCGCACGGCAGUCCGUCUAUGUGCUGUUAUUGAGACAAGUUUGCCACACCGCGCGGCGCGCCACUGGACACUGACAUGUAGGCUGAUUUGGUAAUCAAUAAAUUAAUACCAUCAACAGUGGAA